AUGGGUAGAACAACAAAAUGGUAUAAUGAAACAGAAGUUGCCGACGCUUUCAAGAGAUUCGACAAGGACAAGGAUGGAUUUAUCACCCGUUUCGACUUGCUCCAAAUUAUGAAUAGCUUCCCAGAGAUGAGCGAAGCAAGUAAGAAGUGCAUCAACUAUGAAAUCCUCGAGUUGCCAGAAAGAGUAUCUCUGUCAAAAUUCAUUGACGUUGCCGAUGAUGAAUGUGAAACUCCAUAUCCAGGUUUAUUAGAAUUAAUUAAAAUGAUGGUAAGAAAGUAA